AGUUUUUAUGGAGUUAUGUUAGAUAAAAUAUUUAUUAGUACUGAUGUAACAAGAAAAAUAACUAUUUGUAACUCAAUAAGCAAUAUGAUUCAGCGUGGAGCGAUCGUACCACUUGUAAGAGAAGUUUUUGAACAACAUGAGGUAGAAACCGCUUUUAAACAUAUGGCAGCUGCAAAACAUAUAGGAAAAGUACUUAUAAAAGUACGUACAGAAGAGGAAGAUGAGGACGCUCCUAUUCUCGCGUAUCCUCAAUAUUUCUGUCAUGAACAUAAAUCUUAUAUUAUUUUGGGUGGUUUAGGCGGUUUUGGCCUGGAAUUAACUGACUGGUUGAUUCUUCGUGGCGCUCGAAAAAUUAUACUCAUUUCACGAAAUGGUAUAAAGAACGGUUAUCAACUGUCAAGAGUAGAGUUAUGGAAAUCGUAUGGAGUAAAUGUGCACAUAAUGACAGGCUUUGACGCAUCUACUCAUGAAAAUUGUGCUUCCAUUUUACGUUUUGCCAACACAUUAGGACCAGUAGAUGCUAUAUUUAAUCUCGCAGUUGUGCUAAAAGAUAAUAUUUUCACGAAUCAAACUCCGGAAACAUUUGAAGAAACAUUUCAGUCGAAAGCUCUAGCUACAAAGCAACUGGACGAUUUGUCUAGAAAAAUGUGUCCUCAUCUAUUAUAUCAGACAUGA